AAAUCCCACGACUAAACUGCGUCCCUUCGCCACAAUCACAGAUCUCAGAGCUCUCUCUCACACACACACACAAACUCACAAUUCACAAACAUGGCUUGCUCUAUUCAAUCUUUGCUAUUGCUUCCUCUGAUUCUACUAAUUUCAGAAGCCGCCUCGCUUUCCCACACUCCUAUGUUGCCAAAAGCUGCGAUCUUUCCUGUUUCCAAAGACUCCUCAACUCUUCAGUAUGUUGCUCGCGUUUUCAUGGGCGAAACUCUUGAUUCAGUCAAUCUCGUGGUGGAUCUAAACGGCCCUCUUGUUUGGAUGGCCUCUGAGUCUCCGCAGCCCAUCAAAAGCUGCUCGCUCAAGUGCUCCAUGGCGAACUCGAUUAGGGGCGGCGGAGCAGAGUACAACCCCAACUCCAUGACUUGUACCUUGCUGGCAGAGAAUACUAUUUCAAGAAUGUCUAAAUCUGGAUAUCUGAGUGAGGACACGAUGGCUAUGGAGUUCUGGGAUGGGAUUCGGUCUUCUUCCUUUGCCAAGAGUGAGAAAUUCUUGUUCUUAUCUUCUCCCAAUUUGUUGCUUAAGGGCUUAGCUCAUGAUGCUAGAGGCAUGCUAGGGUUAGGAGAUUCAAGAAUCUCACUCCCAUCACAAUUCUCCACCACAUUUGGAUUCUUUGAGAGGAAAUUCUCAGUGUGUUUAUCCCCCAAAAAGGGUGCAGUUUUCCUAGGUGGGAACCCUUUUGAAACCCAAAUCUCAAGCUCAAUGAUGUUCACUCCUCUAAUCUCCAAGAAAAGUGAAGGCUAUUACAUUGAUGUUGGUUCAAUUAAGGUUUCUGGCAAGAAGCUCCCUUUGCAUCAAAAGGGGAGUCUUGGUGCCAAAAUUAGUACCACUGUUCCUUACACUACAUUUGAGAGCAAGAUUUAUGCUGGAUUUGUUGAGUCCUAUGUUAGUGCUGCAGUGUCAAUGAAUUUGAGUAGAGUGCAUUCUGUGGCUCCUUUUCAAGUGUGUUUUAGUUCAAAACAUGUGGAGAAUGUUCCAAGUAUUGAUCUUGUUCUGCAGAGUGAGUUGGUGAAGUGGAGGAUUGAUGGUGAGAAUUCAAUGGUGGUGGUGAGUGAUGAAGUGAUGUGUUUGGGAUUCUUGGAUGGUGGUGUGAAUCCUAGGGAUUCAAUUGUGGUUGGUGGGUAUCAGAUUGAGGAUCAUCUGCUUGAGUUCAACAUGGGAAACUCCAUGCUUGGAUUUGCUUCAUUGUUGAAGGGAGAGAAGAAGUGUUCUGAUUUUGAAGCAGCAGAUAGGGAGAGCUUGUGAUGCUUUUCUUGAGGAGAGGGAACUACUCAUUUUUGGUUGAAAUUCUCGAUUUGAUUUGUAUAGUUGUGGGACUCUAGUUCUACUCUCAUAAGCUUAUAGUAUAUAGGUUUUUCUUAUGUCUAACUUCAGUGAUGUAACAAGUUUUCUGGAUGUAGUAUGAAUAUUAAGGCUAUGGAGAAGAGGAAUUUGUUUCA